AUGCUCAGUGCCGUGAUCUCAUUUAACUUUGAUUUCCUCUUUUUUUUCCAGGACCUGAUCUUCCUCAGGUCCGAUUUCCAAACUAUUCCCCAAACUCUGGAGCACAGCGCAGACAAGACACGCAGCGAUGACUGUGGGGAGAAGAGAAAACCUGAAGCCUCAGCACUGAAUGUGAAACAGAACCUUCGCCUGCUAAAGUUUGUGUAA